AUAACUGGCAAUAUCAUGGUAAUCUUGGUUACUUAUACAAAAAUUGGUCAUAAAUCACCGACAGAUUAUUUAAUAAUUAAUAACGCUGUUAUUGAUGCUAUUCAGAGCGGGAUUAGAUUACCGCUGUUGUUGGUCAAUGUUGCAGCCAAUUGUAAUGCAUUAGGAGAUUUUCUAUGUCAUUUUCAUGGCUUUCUAAGCGGUGUAUGUUUUAUUGGUUCCGCUUAUUCCUUAGCUGCAUUGGCUGUAUUUCGUUAUUUUAGCGUUUGUAAAUCUCCAGCUAUUGUACUACAUACAAGGCAUGCUGUAUAUGCGAUUGGUAUAGUUUGGAUGAUUACGUUGGUUAUUUGUCUGUUACCAUUUUUGGGCCUAAGCGUUUACGAAUAUAGUUUAAUGGAGAGAUCUUGCCUUCCAAGUUGGGGUAGUAGUGUGGCUAAUCGUAUUAACGCUAUUAUUGAGUUGAUUGUCGAUUUUAUUGUGCCCUUAGUUAUUACAUUAACAUCAUACCUUCAAGUAUUUUUAACGUUAAGACGUAUCGAUCAUAACCUGGUACGCCAUGUUAGUAACGGAGGAUUGCAGCGGCGUAAUACAACAUCAUCAAGGAAACCAAUUCAUUUAACUAUAGCACUAUGGCUAUUGGUGCUUAAUUUCUUGCUGUGUUACAUAACGUGGAGUAUUCUCACUUUUAUUAUUAUUCCAUUUUCAAAUUAUCAAAUCUCUAUUUCGGAUGAUUUAUAUUUCUUUUCUGUCACCAUGUUAUACGUAAAUAAUGCUAUCAAUCCAGCUAUUUAUCUUGUCAUGUUGAAAUCUUUUCGU